GACCUUUCGCGCCGUUCCCGGCGGGGAAGCCCGACCCGCCGCGUGUGGCGGGGCGCCGCCGGGAGCGCUGGGUGCUGUAUGGGAGCCCUUUCCCAGAGGACACGGUCGCGCUCCCCCCACCACCGCCGGCGGCGCGAAGGAGGACGGCGGAGCAUGCCAUCGGCGGGGCGGUUCCGCGGAGACUGACAUGCUGCUGAAGGAGGGCAGGCGCCAGCCUCUCCGCCUCUCCGCGCGGUAGCGGAGGCGAUGCUGAAGGGCGCUCCCCGGGUUUUUCCGCAGGCGCCAGGCUAUCGCCCACAGCAGCCGCGGUCGCUGCCGUGAGCGGCGCGGCUCCGGCCCGGCCGAGGCGACGAGCGGCGCGGGCCCGCACCCGUGCCCGGGGCGGCGGCGGCGGCGGGGAAGGCGCUGCCCGCGCCCGCGGGCGGCUCCGCGCGGCGGAUGCGUGUGCAUGAGCGCUGCACCGAGCGGGCGCAGGAAGCGCCCCCGCUCCGCCGCCUCCAUCUUCCAGGGCAGCAGGACCUCGCCGCACGGCCGCGACAGCGAACGCCAGGGCAGCGGCUCCGAUAGCGCCUACCAGACCCAGAGAACCCUGGACGACUGUAAGCUGCUUGUCCAGGAGUUCAAUACCCAGGUGGCUCUCUAUCGGGAGCUGGUCAUUUCUAUUGGGGAUGUCUCAGUCACCUGUCCUUCUCUGCAUGCGGAAUUGCACAAAACUCGAACCCGAGGAUGUGAGAUGGCCUAUCAGGCUCAUCAAAAACUAGCAGCAAUUUCUGGCCCAGAAGAUGGUGAAAUCCAUCCUGAAAUCUGUAGACUAUAUAUCCAGUUGCAGUGUUGUUUAGAAAUGUACACAACAGAAAUGCUGAAGUCCAUAUGUCUGCUGGGAUCACUGCAGUUUCACCGGAAAGGAAAAGAACCUUGUGGCCCACCCAAGAACUUAGAUACUAAGGUGGAGGAGAGUUCUGAAGUACCUAUUUUAGAAGACACGUCAUUAUCACCAACAGAUAUUCAACAGCAUCUAUGGCAGGUUUCCACAGAUAUUGAAAACACUGAAAGAGAUAUGAGAGAAAUGAAGAACCUUUUAAGUAAACUCAGGGAGACUAUGCCUUUACCACUGAAGAAUCAAGAUGAUAGCAGCCUCCUAAACUUGACUCCAUACCCACUGGUAAGAAGACGGAAGCGAAGAUUCUUCGGAUUGUGUUGUCUUGUCUCAAGUUAGAAGAUUAAGCACAGGAGUACCAAGGAGAUCAUGACUUUGAUUAAACCACUAUUAUUUGAUGACUGAAAAGAUGAAAGUGGCUAAUAUUGAUUAUAAAGUAUAUUUUCUACACUAAGCUAUUAAUUUUUGCCUUCUGCUCCAUCCUUUUCAAAUAAGGGUUUUAAUACUUUCAAGUCUUGAAAGGCUGUGGAACAGAUCUAGCAUAUUUAAAACUUUUUAAAGUAUGUUUUGCAUGCUUACUUUCAGUCACUCAAAGAAGACACAAGAAUUAUGGUUCAUAGAUAAUUUUAGAGGGUUUUUUAAUUGUUUGAGCCACUGGUAAAAGUUUGUGCAUAGUACAGUACUCUUAUUAGUAUCAUAUUAAAAUCAUACUCUAACAGUCUUUAAGCAUAGAAGAAGAACAUUUGAUUAUUCUCUCACAGUCUUUAAGCAUAGGAAACUAUUUAAGAGCAAAACUAUUAAGGUUCUAAGACAUUAAAACAAUAUUGUAACAGAAUUUAUAAAAUAUAAUCCAGUUGCUUUUUGUGCUCUCAUUCAUAUUUAGUCUUCCACUGUAUCUCAACUUCAAAGCUUUAUAGAAGAAUACCUUAAUUUAUUAUACAAAAACCAUAUAUGAAAAUAGUUAGGAGUUGUAAAUACAGAGAAAUCAUAAUAUCUACAAACUAUACAAUGCUUAGAAGCAACAGAUUUCCUUUUAAGCCAAUAGUAUAUCUACAAGCUUUUGGAAAGAAAAAGUAAUUCAUUAAAAGAAGGUAUAUUAAAAUAAUGUAAAACACAACACCAACCCAUUUUGUUGCCAGUAGAACUCAAAGCAUGGUGUCUGCAUAUCACUAAGUAUUGAUCUGAUAAGGCAUGCCAGAAUUAUCUCAGACUGUAAGAUAUUAAACGUUUUACAUUGUUAAUAAAGUUUUUUAUUUAAA